AUGACGGGGUCGACAGUCACACCCAAGAAAUGGCAUCAUGGAGAAGGCGUCCGUGGUGGAAGAGGCCAUCGCCUUACUGGUGAGGUACCUUUCAUGAUCAUAUUCGUCGCACCUAUCAGUUCAAUCGGUUACUCGGCUGCGUUUGCGCCAAGAGUUGAGGUGUACACUCUUCUAGCCUGUCGCAUCCACAAACCCGGAUACUUCCCUAAUGAUCCUAGCUUGGACGUGACGACGUACAUGGCAGAUGUGGCGCGUAUCCACGACAUCCCUAAUGCUAAUGUGGAUGUUCCCUCGAACUUGUCUAUACCUGACGCUACCUAUGAUCACUCUCCAUCGGUCCGGGAUUAUGAAUGGAGCGAAAAGACGCGUGAACGGUGUACUACGGACCCAGAAAUCCAAGCAAUCGUUGCGAAGUUAUCAGCGACACUGGUUACUACUAUGGGCAUGCUCAGCUGCCUGACAACCGGGUGGUGGGGAUCGUUCUCCGAUCGUCACGGUAGACGCUCAGGGUUGGCUGCAUCCAUGGCGGGCUUGAUCCUCACUGAUCUGACGUUCAUCCUCACGGCCAACUUCGUCGACCAUCUUCCGGGCGGGUACUGGUUUCUGCUGAUUGCAUUUAUCGCUGAAGGUCUUCUCGGGAGUAUGCCGACGGGCAUGGCUGCAUACCAGGCGUAUAUUGCAGAUACCAGUGAUUCAUCCUCACGAUCGGCUCUGUAUGCGUUUGGGAUGGGCCUUCUAUCCUUCGGUUUCGCGGUUGGACCGCUUGUGGGAGGGUUUGUUAUCCACCUGACGGGGACGACCCUAUCCGUGUUCAUCUUGGCCUACCGCUUUACACUUGUUCUACCUGUUCUUUAUCAUAUCUAUCCUCCCGGAAUCGCUCACAGUCGCGAGUGCAGCGCACAGCACGGUCAAGAUAUAAACGUUGCGAGGUUUCUCGGCGUGUUGGCCAUUCUGCUACCCCGAGAUCCCGUUAAUGAUGAGAAUCCUCUUGAAAAACCCAGGAAAGACAGGAGCUUGCUUUUCUUGGCUAUAUGUUAUGGGAUGACUGCCAAUUUCCUCGCUCUGAUGCCAUUCGUAUUCCAGUAUGUUACUUCCACCUUUGGUUGGACGUCAGAAACUGUAAGGAUACCGACGAAUUAUUAUUUUGCAUCUACUGAAGUAACGCGCGCGCUCGUCCUGACGGUCCUACUACCCAAUGAUUCAUACGGAGCUGUGUCCGUUCGCAUGUCUCACCCCGACCAGUCCUCCGUGGGUCAACCAUCCUCGAACGUGACCAUCAUCAAUUCGCCUAGCGUAGAACUGACUCUGGCGCGCUGUGCACUUGCUUCCGAGGUUCUUGCAUGCUGUAUCAUGGCCACCGCCACGUCCAGCUACACCUUUGUGAUCGGCACGAUAAUCGGGUCGUUCUCAGCCGCGUUCACGCCGAUCUCGCAGGCACUUGCGCUGGAAAUUUACACUUCAGCAGUUAGUGACAAUAAAAAUCAAGAGGAGGAGGGGGAGGGUGCAAGCGAGGAGGGUCAAGGCGAGAUGGGGAGAUUGUUUGGAGUAUUGAGUGUAUUACAAGCUUUGGGACAGCAGAUAAUAAGUCCCGCUAUGUUCGGAUUCGUGUACUCACGUACCGUCGCACUGGCAUUCCCGCAAGCCAUAUUUGUCGUGACUGCAAUCUGUUUUAUGAUUGCGUUUGUACUGUUGGCGUUUGUGAAGAUACCGGUACCUGUAUUAUCUAGGAAUCCGCGAGAUUCAGUUACUCAGCAUGCCGAACCUGGUGUCUAG